UCAACAUUAGCUUGACUUAUGUUUCCUAGUCGGAAAAAUAUCCACAGCUCAAAUCCGAGCUGGAGAUGCUCAUGGAAUGGUUAAAGGAAUUAAACACGUAUUUCUACCGCCCUGCUCUUGAAACGUUCCGGACACUCAUGAGAAAAUGCACAUCGUCCAUGACUUCCAUUUCCAAAGCCACUCAAGUUUCUACACCCACAUUAUUCCGGCCUGCAGGGGCUGUUCGAGACAUGGCCCGCAUUCGAAAACAAGUCUAUUCGCCGUUAUUCUCUCUGAUUUCGCUAUGACCUACUCCGAUACUGAACCUCGAGGAACUCUCCGCUAUCGCCUUCUUUCUGCAUCUUAGCGGCAAUCAUGGGGCUCGGUGUAGCAUACGCAGGCUUGCACCGCGAGGACUUGCUCACUGUCCUCCCUGCGGUCGUAGACGAUAGCACGUCGAUGGAGAUCACUGCACUCAGCGCGCUCGCACUGGGAUUCGUAUCACAUGGGCAAGGGCACGAUUGGGAUCAAUCCUUUCUUCUCGGACAGGGACAUCAUGAGUCGACCGGCUGUUGCGGGUUUACUGGCGACGAUCAUGGCGCUUACGGAAACCUCCGUGCUCGACAAGUACCAUUGGAUGUUUUACUUUGGUGAUUGUCAUGUGCCCUUGCUUCCUCAUCACACUCGAUGAGAACCCCGAGAGCAAGCCUGUGACGGUUCGCGUCGGUCAGGCUGUAGACGUCAUCGGUCAAGCUGACAAACCACGCAUGAUAUUAGGCUUCUAGACACCUG